AAUAAAUUUUUUUUUGCGCCAAACAUAAGCGUUCCCUUUAAUUUAGACGUAAUUAAAACAGUUGACAAAUUGUAUUGCAUUGUGAGAAGCUAAAAAGAGUGUGUGGUGCAAAAUGAGCGACACAAACAUCGCCGCGAAUGCUGCCGAAAGCGGCGAAGUGAAUCCAUUGGAGCAGUCGACAAUUACAAUGUUGGAUGUGCUUGAGGAAGAGAAGGAACUGGAGGAUGAAUAUGCAGCUGUGCUGGGAGCCUCUGAUGAGAAUGCAUGCACCUAUGCCAAGGGUGCAAUUCAACGACAGGCUUUGUAUUCCUGUUUGACCUGCUGCCCGGAGGCACGCAAUGAUUUGUCAAAGGCCGCCGGCGUCUGUCUCGCCUGUUCCUAUCGAUGUCAUGAGAACCACGAAUUAAUUGAACUCUAUACCAAACGCAACUUUCGUUGCGAUUGCCCCACAUUGCGUCUGGGCAGUGAGAAACGUUGUGCUUUGAAUCCACAAUUAGUGGCGGUGCAGCCACCAAAUGCAGAUAAUCAGUAUAAUCAGAACUUUCAGGGAUUGUACUGUAAGUGCAAGCGUCCCUAUCCCGAUCCUGAGCGCACCACUGAGGAGGUAAUGCUGCAGUGCGCCAUCUGUGAGGAUUGGUUCCAUCUAGCGCACAUGCAGGCGCCGGCUGCAACCGAGAAGUGGCUGGAUGCCUGCAGUGAAAUGAUUUGCGACGGAUGCAUGGAACGUCAUGAGUUUCUGCGGGAUUACACGGCUUUGGCACUGCAGCCAGCAAAGGAACACAACGAUCCCAAGGCGGAUAUUAAUGUGGAGGAUCCAGAGCAGCAGGAGGAGUCCGAGGAGCCGAUUAACAAGCGCGCCAAACUGACAGAGGAUGACUGUCGUCGUCCCAAGGCCAAGACAGAUCAUAAGAGCGCCGCUUUCUGGACCAACGAUUGGCGCAAAUCUCUUUGCCAGUGUGAAAAGUGCAUGGAAAUCUACAAGGAGCAAGCAGUGUUAUUUUUGUUGGAUGCCGAGGAUUCGGCCAAGUCAUAUGAGGAGCGCGGCAUGAAGCGCGCCAAGGAUAACUCCAGCUAUGAGCAGGGCAUACGCGCCUUGGCCUCCAUGGGACACUCGCAGCAAAUCGACGCGAUUACCGAAUACAAUCGCAUGAAGGACAAGCUCAAGGUUUAUCUACAAUCGUUUGCCACCAGCAAAAAGGUCGUCACCGAGGAGGACAUCAAAACUUUCUUUGCCGGCAUGCGAAACGAGAAUAAUGCCAACACCCCACAGCCCUAUUUUUGCCGUUGAAUACCAUUUCGAAUUAUAAAUAGUAUUACAUUAUAAUAUGCACAUUCCCAAACCAA